UAAUGUUUAAGUUAUAUCAAUAUAAUGAUAAUACAGUAGUUUGUUAAAUGAAACCAAUAGUUUAGUUUAGUUUGUGUUUUUGUCAAAAUUGAUAGUCACAUACAUGUGUGCAGUAGUUUUAAUUUAAUUAAAAAUCGACAGAAAUGGUGUCUUAAGUCUUUGAAUCUCUAAGUCUUGAACUUAAUUCACUAAAGAAAAGAAGAAGAGAAAGAAAGAGAGAAAGAAAGUCAACACAAACUGGAAAAAUAAGACAAAAAUCAGUUUAUAUAUAUAGUUAACGAAGAAGUAGAAGAAGAGGAAGAAGACGAACGACAACAACAAAAAUAUAUAUACCAUUGAAAUCGAUUGUAAAGUGAGUGUCGAUGAGAUAAUCACUGGAAAAGAUCAGUUGUGUGUUCAAAGAUCUGACAACAAAACAAUACAACAAAAAAACAAAACAAAUAAAAUAAACUAAAAAGAUAUGCCUCACGAGUCCUCUGAGAGCAAUAGUCCCAAAGACAAUCACGAUUUAAUUAAUACAUCCUUUUAUGAUGGAAAUGGUGUGUCAACUACACAAUCGACUACUGGACCCAUAAUACUUGAUGUACAUAAAGGAAAGCCAGUGAGACUACAGGUCAAAGUAAUGGUGCCCGUAAACGACCAUCCCAAUUUUAAUUUUGUGGGCAAACUAUUGGGUCCCAAAGGGAAUUCCCUGAAGUGGCUCCAGGAUCAGACACAAACUAAAAUGGCAAUACUUGGCAGAGGAUCCAUGAGAGACAAACAAAAGGAAGAAGAUUUGCGAAAAACAGGAGAUCCAAAAUAUAACCAUUUAAAUGAAGAUCUUCACGUUGAGGUCACCACCUUUGCACCGGCACCUGAAGCUUACGUACGAAUGGGAAACGCUCUUCAAGAAGUCAAACGAUUUCUAGUACCGGAUUAUUACGAUGACAUACGCCAACAGCAACUAAGAGAACUGGGAGUACUAAACAUCGAUAAGAAGCCAAUCACUAAAAUGAGACUUAAUGAUGGCAUCGGAGAAGCGCUUCUACAUCAACAUCACCAUUCACACCGAGACGACGACCAUAACAUUCAUCUUAACGAUAGUACCGGUGCUGGUGUGACGGCUGCAUCACAUCUGGUCAUACCUCACAACAACAACAGCAACAACAACACGACGACAACAACAAAUGGCUUUUCUAAUAGCGAUUGUUUGCCUUAUAAUAUGAACGGAGAAAAUCAUUCAGAUCUCAGUCAUUGCUGGGAUCAGAAAUCGACUUUUAAGUUAUCCUCUCGUCAUAACAAUAAAGGGCUCCUCUAUAGAGACAAACCAUACGCUAGAGUUGUCGAUAAUAUCAAUAAUAUUUAUCAUUGAAAAAAUAUAUAUAUUUAAAAAAAACAUUC